AUGCAAGCCAAGCUUGUUCACCCCGUUCUCGUCUUACAGUCCAACUUUCCAAUUUCAGUCGCGAAUGAGGGGUUUUCCUCCGUGGAAGAACUGAAGGCCACGAAGCUAAACGCGAUGCCUAAGAUUACAUCAAGCUCAAAAGCCAGGACUCCGACACUGAAUGAAACGGUAGAAACGAGAUCGAGCUUACCGCCAAACGUAAAACCUCUUGACAAAAUACUAAAUAUGGAAAAGGUAAUUAAUCAAAGUUCGGAGGUCAUUGGAAAUUUGUGGACCGAAUAUUAUUCCACGAAAGACUGUUUGUCCGCCGUAAUUCCUGCCGAAACAUAUAGAACUUUGUUUGAACGCGGACAGAAAUAUCCGAUGUUUAUCGCACCACUACCUAAAGACACGGGUUUAGAGUUUUAUAUCCUCCAAUUUCAAUUUCAUCAGUGUUAUUUCACCUCACUCUUGGAAUACAAAACUCACGGGUCGGAGGCAAGGCAAUACCUCGUGUUAACACAUUUUCCGGAUCUGAUGAGUUCCAAGGGAAUUGUGCUGAUGCAUGGCGAAUUGCUUGAGCCGAAAUUGCUUUCCUUAAAAAACGCGCAGUAUCUUGCAUACUUCAUGCAAAAGUUUUAUGUGACAGGAACGGAAAAUGAACGAGCGUUGGUGGAAAGGUUUCACAGAGAACCAGAUAAAUUCGACUACAAAGAAUUAUUAAAUGAAAUAGGUGUUGAUAAAGAAUUAUCAUGA